AACCUCUAGCUCUCUUCCGCUGUCCAGUUCGACGUGGCUAAUCAGUUUGACAUAAACACUAAAACAUGAACCACGAAGGGUCUAAAACUCCAAAACUCUGAGACUUUUAAUCAAAAAGGAUAUCGUGUCUAAUUAAACCAGAUUAGUUUCGUUCUUGAGAUUAGUUUCGGAAAACAGAAACAGAUUUGAGUGACGUCAGGAGCUAGCAUACUGACAGCAGCUAGCAUAUAGACUUUGAACAUUUGAGCAUCGGAAAGACAUGCGCUGAGAUGUCGGACAGUGAAGUGUCCCACACAGCUGAGGGUUCGGAGGACGUCCAGGCGGUUCCGGAUCCUUCUCCCGCUGAAACAUCCUCCCCAUCCACUCCCGAUAACUCCGCUGAUGUCGCCCCGACGAGGAAAGCGAGGAGGAGACCCGAGUCCAAACCCACAGCGGAGCAGGAGGUCACGCCACAGAAGGAGGAGGAGGAGCUUCCACCCAAGACUUCCAGUGACUCCACGGUGUCUGAAGCUGGCUGGGGGUACUGGGGCAGCUGGGGCAAGUCUCUGCUGUCCACAGCUACAGCCACCGUGGCCACUGUGGGACAGGGCCUCAGCCAGGUGAUCGAGAAGGCCGAGACGACGCUGGGAAUUCCCAGUCCCACCGAACUGUCCGCCCAGGUGGAGGAGGAGCAGAGGCAGCAUGAAUCCUCAGGUGAGGGGCGGGAGGAAGCGGGUCAGGACGGGCCGUCCGCUGUGGGGGGAGCGUUGGGGGUGCUGUCCUCUCUCAGCAGCGUGGUUCAGACCACAGGAAAGACGGUGAUAAGUGGAGGUCUGGACGCUCUGGAGUUCAUCGGUAAGAAAACCAUGGAUGUGAUCGCGGAGGGAGAUCCGGGAUUCAAGAGGACCAAAGGCCUGAUGAACAGGAACGCCACGCUGUCUCAGGUUCUACGGGAGGCCAAGGAGCGAGAGGAGCUGCAGGAUGCAGAGAGGGAGUCCUCUGACGGAGAGAAGAAGCCGCUCGCCCACUACGGGAUGCUGUUCGACGAGUUCCAGGGUCUGUCUCACCUGGAGGCUCUGGAGCUGCUGUCCCGAGAGAGCGAGUCUAAGGUGAAGUCGGUGCUGACCACGCUGUCGGGACCAGAGCUGCUGCAGCUCCGGGAGGAGCUGGAGGCCAUCAAGGACUCCUUCUCCAUGGUGGAGUUUGACGAUGAGGAGGUGGAUGAGAGGAAGGAUGAGGACGGGGCGGAGUUUGAGAAGGAGCUGACGGAGGCUCUGGAGGGGCUGGAGAUCUCUGCUGCAGCUCACAGACUCACCACGGCCUGUAAGGAGGCCUGCAGCAGCGUCAGGGACAUGAGCCAACCAGAGGAGGAGGAUGAGGAUGUGAUGAAGACGGCGGUCUCUGUGGAGGACGUUCACGCCGCCGCCAUCAGGAGUCUGGCCCAGCUGACGGCUCGCUCCAUCGAGCUCUUCCACAAACUGGCAGAGAGGAUCCUGUUCUCCAGCGGCAGCGCGGAGGCCGGCGUCCUGUCACAGUUGACUGCAGUUCUGUGUAAAGAAGUCUCGCUGCUCUGCAAGAAGUUCACGUCCUGCUUGACCGCGGCGGGGUCCCAGGAGAAAGGAGAUGUCCUGAACCCCCUGAUCACUGGAGUCUUUCUCGAGGCGUCCAACAGUGCGUCCUACAUCCAGGACGCUUUCCAGCUUCUCCUGCCGAUCCUGGAGAUCUCCCACAUCCAGAGGAGAGCCGCGUGUGGAGAGAACUGAGGCCUCUGAAGAGCUUCAGCUUCAGCCUGAGGAGAAACGGGUUCAGCUCUGACAGAACGAGAGGCCGACGGGAGGCGUCCUGACCUGCAGGGACUCCACUGCUUCUGCAGGAACAGGGGGGAACAUGUUUGUAUCACAAUCCUGCUCAGAAAAUUCAGGAUUCUUUUUAAAUCAUUUUAAAAUCUUGAAAAAGUUUGAAUAAUGUUUGGGAUCAGGUUAGAAGGUUUAAAUAGGAAACAAAAAUUAAAGAAUGUUUAAACGACGGUUCUUCCUGUCAGCAGACGUGCUCCUUUUAGAGACUUGUGACCUGAAGGGUCACCUGGGGGUUCAGACAGGAGUCACCUGAGCAUCAGGAAGGAGGGCUCCUCACUGCAUCACUGAGGCCCAUGCUUCAGGGGGGGUGGGACCCCCUCAGAUUGGGGUUUCUGCCCCCAGAUGCCCCAGUGCAGAGCUGACGUUUGGGUUCAUGACGGCAAACAGAAUCCUUUGACUACAGAUCCAUCCAGAAGCUUCUGCUUCACUUUGUGGGGAUGAAGCAGAAGCGGUUUCACCUGCCAGGUGGCCCUCAAGGCCACACCCCUCCUUUAAAAAUUGUUUUUAAUCUCCUGCAUCUGUUUUCCUUUAUUUGUUCUCCCGUUUCCUCUCAACGCUGCAGCUGUUUAUGUUCUAAAGCUGAAGUUUCUGUGGAGGACUGAAGCUGACUUCAUUUAAAUGUGUUCUUGUAAAAAUGUAAAAUAAAUGAGUUUGGAUGGAAACAAA